CUGCAGCAGUAUGCAGUGAAGGUUUAUGAUUUUAAAUGUACAUGUUUUUGAUUAAUUCAGUUUUUCAUUCUUUAAAUGAUAUUAAUUCAGUGGUUAUCUAUAAUGAUAUCUUCUAACUUGCUUUCAGUCUUCUGAUUUUGAUUAUGUUUAGAUAUUGAAUUUAGUCUUAUUGGUGUAUAUCUAGUAGGCAUAUAUAACAUUUUUUUGUACAUAAAGCUUUUCAUAUAGUAUUCAAUAUGCUUGCAUGUAGUAGAUAUAUACUUGUACAUAUUUCAGUGUUAUAAGAUCGAGACACCCUGAUUAAAGAGAACUAUGUUCUCUGUGAAGGUUCUAUUCAUUCCCAGAGGAGCAAUUGUCUGGACCUUCAGACCUUUAGUACACAAACUUGGCCACAGUAAUUGUAGAACAAAGACCCCCUUUCAGUUUGUGCAGCCCCCUUUUCUAUAGUUUCAACUUGUACUGGUAGAGCUUGGCUUGGGUUUUAGCUUUUUGAGAAAGCCAAGUCAUUACAUUUCGGAAAGCCAGCGAGUUAACAUCAUAUUUUAGACACCUCAAGUAUUAAGUUCGAUCUUUCGAUACCUUCGAUUCAGUUUCAACAGUUCAAAGCCUCCAAUUGUAUUCUAUCUACAUCUACUUUACUUCAUGUUACACGAGAGUUUUGCAAUUAAAAUCGAAUCGUCAUCGGUAAUUCUCUCUGUUCGGAAUAAGUUUCUUUUGGAGUGCAUUGUUCUUCGAACCACCUUCGAUCUCGACCGAAACUCCUUACUUAGCAUCUCGAGUUAAGUGAGGCAGCCACAAUAGAAUACAAGGGACUGAAAAUUCGUCGAUGAAACUGGAUUUCGUGAUUUCGCUAUGGAGAAUCAAACAGAUGCUGUGAGUGUUGUCAGUCAUAAGUCAGCGCGGAGCAGAGCAAGUAGAUCUUCUCGAGCAAGCAGUAGGAGUGAUCACCUUAUUCUACGUCGCCAGGAAGCUGCCAUUAAAGCAAGUUCGGCAUUCGAUGAAGAAGAGGCUAAGCUGGAGUUGACACUUCGAAAUUUAAGGACAAAAAGAAAGCUAGCUUGUCUUCAAGCCGAACAAGCUGUUCUGGAGGAGAACGCCGAGUCUGAGUUUUCUCAUGGACCCGAAGACAACCACGAUCUCAAAGACAUUAAAGAGGAAAACGAAGCAGAAAGGAUUUCACGUUUUCUUAAUCGCCAGGGAGAGGAGGAAACUCCAGUCGUUACACACCUAGAAUUGGGACAGUCGUCCACAACCGUGAGUAAUUCACCUGACGAUAUUCACAAGAUCGUCUCCUCACUUGAGAAACUAGCACAGUCAUCUCUCGAGCAAGGGGUGUUAAAUCGACAUAUGUUGAUUCAAUCCCAGCUACCAAAAGUCGAUAUCCCUUUGUUUUCUGGUGACCCACUAUGCUACCCUCUGUGGAAAAACUCGUUCGAUGCAACUGUACAUAUAAAACCACUCGAUGAUGGAGCCAAAUUGAAUCUGCUUCACAGCUGCGUCGCUGGGAAGCCGAAAGAAAUUGUGCAGCACUUUGUUUUGAUUGGCUCCCCGGACGCGUAUGAACAAGCUCGGGAGACUCUUUCCAGACGUUACGGCGACCCGACGGUUGUAAGCUCAGCCUUUACUUCUAAGCUAAAUUCGUGGGGACGCAUCAACAGCCGUGACGCAACCGGACUUCAAGAUUUCUCAGACUGCUUGGCAAAGGUCGUUGCUGCAAAGAAGUCAAUAAAGAGCCUGGGGAUUUUGGAUUUUCCUCAAGAGAAUUCAAAACUCGUCGAAAAGCUCCCCUCAUACCUCGAAAGCAAGUGGAGGGAUGAAAUCGAUCGCUACAAGGAAAGACAUGGGAGACAAGAAUACCCUCCUUUCAUCGCCUUCGCUGAUUUUGUGAGGAGAGCGGCGGACAAGGCCAAUAUCCCAGAGCUCAGUGCUUCUGUGCGGGAGCAGAUAAAGCCAGUCAACCCGAAGUCAAGCGGAAAACACGCUCGUACUUUCGCAACUGAAGGAAAACCUUUCAAACCUUCAGGCAAGCCGUCCAAGGACAAGACCUGUCCAUAUUGUCAAGAUAAUCAUCUCAUCGAAGAAUGCUCCAAGUUUAAAAAUAUCACCCUCGAAGAGCGGCGGGCAUUCUUCUUUGAGAAGAAGUUGUGCUUUGGAUGCGGGCUGCACAUCAACCACAGGAGCAAGCAGUGUAAGGCCAGGCGCUCUUGUGCAGUUUGCGAAGGAAGGCAUCUAUCCUGCUUCCACUCGUGGCAGAAACAGCCAGUCAAGCAGGAAGAAGCAACCGCAAAUUGCACCUCGGUCUGCAGUCUCCAAGAAAUUCAAGGAAAAGACCACUCGAUGAUUGUUCCUGUGUGGGUGAGGAGUGUCAAUAACCCAUCAAAAUCAUUCUUAGAGUACGCGAUAUUGGACGAACAAUCCAAUGUUAGCUUUAUAUCAUGCAAACUGUACAAUAAGCUAAACCUCCAAGGCCAAAAAACCAGCCUCAAGCUGACGACGCUGCAUGAUACUUCGAUGAUUGAUACUUUCAAGGUGCAGGACUUGGAGUUGCAAGAUCACAAAAGGCAAAACAUCGUUCGCCUACCAGCUGCCUUUACCAGGGAUGACAUUCCUGCCACAAGGUCUCAAAUCCCAAAGGCUCAGAUCGCUGAAAGAUGGCCUCACCUCAUCCGCGUGGCAGAAGAGAUGAUGCCAUAUGACCAGACUGUUGAAGUUUCUCUUCUCAUCGGAACAGACUGCCCAAGUGCGAUUCGACCUCGAGAAAUCGUCGCUGGAGGAGAAGCGGAACCAUAUGGGCAGAAAUCUCUACUUGGUUGGGGAGUUGUCGGACGAAUCUGCAAGGAUCCAAUCGAAUCAAGUUCAGCUAGCUGUCACAAAAUAGCUGCUGAAUUGUACCAGAACCUCGCAUUCCCAACCAAGGCCAAGGAACUUCUCAUCGAAGACAAGGUGAUUAAAGCUCUGGAGACUGACUUCAAACAUGACAACUCGAAAGAACCAAUGUCCAUUGAAGACCAUAGAUUCCUUCAUCUCCUUGAGGAGGGAAUAGUGAAGAGACAGGAUGGGCAUUAUGAAAUGCCACUUCCACUAAAGACGGAUAAUGUAAGCCUUCCAUCAAACCGACUAGUAGCUGAAAAACGAUGGAGACAGCUUACAGCUCGUUUCAAGAAAAAUCCUCAGUUCCUGAAUGACUAUCGAGCCUUCAUGGAUGAAGUUAUCAAGACCUAUGCAGAGAGGGCACCAGUUCACAGUGUGGAAGGGAUGGUCAACUAUGUUCCCCACACAGGAGUGUACCAUCCUCGAAAACCGGGCAAGAUUCGUGUCGUUUUCGAUUGCUCGGCAAAAUGUAAUGGCAUCUCCCUUAAUGACCAUCUCCUUCAAGGCCCGGACCUUACUAAUGGACUCCUCGGUGUCCUAUGUCGCUUCAGGCAAGAUGAUGUCGCAUUCAUGGCCGACAUCAAAAGCAUGUUCCACCAAUUCUACGUUACUGAGAAGCAUCGAGAUCUUCUUCGCUUUCUCUGGUGGGAAGACGGCAAUCCAAAUUCCAACGUGGUUGAAUAUCGGAUGAAGGUGCAUCUCUUCGGAGCGACAAGCUCACCAGGCUGUGCCAACUUCGGUCUCAAGAGGGCAGCAGACGACGGUGAAGAGGAAUUUGGGAGUGAAGCUGCCAACUACAUUCGUAAGGAGUUCUACGUAGACGAUGGACUGAAGUCGGUAUCGACAUCGGAAGAAGCUGUUGCACUCCUGAAGUCAGCACAAGGGAUCUGUGAAAAAGCAGGGCUUCGACUUCACAAAAUCAUGUCGAACAAGAAGGAAGUUCUGCAAAAAUUUGCAACAGACGACAUGUCCAAGGGCCUAGCUGAUGAAGUAUCGUGUUCUCUUGUCAUCGCUAAGUCUAGAGUGACCCCUCUCAAACACCAAACCAUUCCAAGACUCGAAUUAGCUGCUGCUGUUAUCUCGACCAAGAUGAGUGCAUUUCUUCGCAAAGAACUGACAUAUCAUGAGAUUCGUGAAUACUUCUGGACUGACAGCAAAAUCGUGUUGGGGUACAUCAGCAACGAGUCCAGAAGGUUUCAUGUCUAUGUAGCCAAUCGAGUGCAACAAAUACGCAACGUAUCUGACCCUGCGUCUUGGUACUACGUAGACACUUCAACCAAUCCAGCAGAUGAUGCUUCUCGAGGACUCACGGCAAAAGAGUUGUUGGAGAGCAGCACUUGGCAAGCAGGUCCAGGCUUCCUGCAUGAGAAAGGACUGUUUCAUCCUCCUGAACCCAUUCCAAUUAAUGUGGAAGAAACUGACCCAGAAGUGAAGAAAUCAACAACGCUCUCAUCUAGAGUUGAACUUCACAACACCUUCGACACCAGUCGGUUAUUGCAUCUCUCUAGCUGGAACCAAGCCAAGAGAGUAAUAGCCUUGUGCGUGAGACUCAAGCAGCGUCUAAAGAUGAGAGAGAUCAAGCUCAAAAAAUCGCCAUCUUUGAAGAGACCAAUACCCAGAAUAUCUCUGAGCGUUGCUGACCUCCAGGCAGCUGAGUGGGAAAUUCUCAGCUUAAUCCAGAAAAGGCACCUUGGUCGCGAGCGAGAAGUACUCGCCAACCUGGAUGUGUCAGCUGACAACAAUCGACAGAUUGCGAAACGGAGAAAUGAUGACAUUAAGCCAACAAGCUCAUUAUAUCGAUUAGACCCAUUUCUAGAUAGCAAAGGUCUAAUUAGAGUCGGAGGUCGAAUUCAGAGGGCAAAUAUCCCAGACUAUGUGAAACACCCUGUCAUCGUCCCCAGAGAUGCUCAUCUGACAGCACUUCUAAUUCGGCAUCACCAUGGAGAAGUAAAUCAUAUGGGCAGAGGAUCGACUCACAAUCAACUUCGUCAGGCUGGUUACUGGGUGAUAGGUGGUUCGUCAGCUGUCUCAUCCAUCAUCACCAAAUGUGUGACCUGCAAGCGACUUCGUGGACCUCUGGAGAAGCAAAAGAUGGCAGACCUCCCGAAAGACAGACUUGAACAGGCUCCUCCAUUCUCUUACUGUGCUGUCGACUACUUUGGGCCAUUCUCGAUCACUGAGAAACGAAGCACAGUGAAGCGAUAUGUAGCACUGUUCACCUGCAUGGCAUCCAGAGCUGUUCAUCUGGAAUCAGCCAACAGCCUCGACACCAGUUCCUUCAUCAACUGUCUUCGAAGAUUUGUUAAUCGCCGUGGACCUGUUCGACAAAUUCGCUCCGACAGAGGAACUGCUUUCGUGGGUGCUAGGAAUGAGCUCCGAGACGCCUUGAAACAGAUGGACCAAGACAAGAUCCAGCAGUAUCUUGUUGAAAAUAACACUGACUGGAUUCCCUUCGUAAUGAAUCCACCUCAUGCAUCACACAUGGGCGGAGUAUGGGAGCGCCAGAUUCAGACAGUUCGUCGUGCUCUAGAACCCCUUAUGAUGUCUGCGGGAAAACAACUAGAUGAUGAGGCAUUUAGAACAUUUCUUUCUGAAGCAGAGUCGAUCGUCAACUCAAGGCCUCUUACAACACAGAACCUGAGCUCGUCUGAUGCUCCAGAACCAUUGACACCUAACCAUCUCCUGACUAUGAAGGCCAAAGUAGUCCUCCCACCGCCAGGCAAGUUCCAGAAAGCAGACAUGUAUGCUAGAAAAUGGUGGCGUAGAGUCCAACAUCUUACCAACGAGUUCUGGACGAGGUGGAGGAAAGAAUAUCUAACCGACCUGCAAACUCGGAAGAAGUGGGCUCGUCCUAGGAAAAGUCUUAAAGUCGGCGACAUCGUCAUCUCCAAAGAAGCAGAUGAUAACCGUGCUCAGUGGCCCCUUGGAAGAGUGUCGAAAGUGUAUCCUAGCAACGAUGGGCUUGUGCGCAAGGUCCAACUCGUCAUGGCAGAUUCAUCGUUAGAUAGCCAGGGCAAGCGUAAAAAACAACCCACCAUGCUGGAAAGACCUGUACACAAAUUGGUGCUUCUCUUGUCUCCAGAAGAGACCUCGGAAACUAGUGACACAGAAGACCAAGGGAUUCCCCAUCAAGGAGCCAACACAACACAAUGA